CUACAGGUAGCUAUGUACAGAUGCUCCCAUGGGUCGAUGAUGACCAAAAGCACAUUAUGGAUAUCUAUACAAAGUUGCAAUUAGAAAAAGAUCAUGAAUGUGAUUUGAAGGGAAAAGUUGAAUCGUGCAGUGAUGUUUUCAAACUUAGGUCAAAAGAUGGUCAUCCAAUAAAUCGGGCGAUUUUUAAAGGAACACCGGGGAUAGGAAAAACGACUUUCUUUGACAAACUUGCGUACGAUUGGGCUAAAGGUGCUGCAGUCCUGAAACAGUUCCAACUCGUCUUUGUUUUGAAAAUGCGUUCCCUGAAACAGGAAUCGAAUCUGAUUGACGCACUUUUUGAUCAGUUAUUAGAUUCAACAGAAAUAAGUAAAGUAGACUUGGCGGCAUUCAUUGCAACCCGGGCAGACGAAGUGUUAUUUCUUUUGGAUGGCUUUGAUGAAUUCAUGAUGGAUAACCCAGAGGAGAAAAACUUCGGGUCGAUUCUAAAGACUCUCAAUCAAAAGGGGAAAUACAAAGAUUGCUGUGCAUUUGUAACAACCCGCCCCUCCCAUUAUGACAAACUGGUACAAAAAUGUUUAAUACAGAGGCCAUUUGCUCAUGUUAAUGUCAUGGGGUUUGGUGAUGAAGACAUAAAGACAUAUAUGGAGAGAUUUUAUCAUGAUGAUCUUUCUAAAGCCAAAGGCCUCAUUGAAAGGAUUAGAUCUUCUACUGUUCUCUUGGAUUUAGCCAAAAGUCCAAUGCUGCUAUUAUUAAUGUGUCUUCUAUGGAAAGAAAACUCUAGCCUCCCUGAAACUAUGUCACGGCUUUACAACGAAUCAGUAGAAUACAUAUUCAAGCGCAAAACGAGCAUAUCAACAGAACAGAUACCAAGCCUUGUUACAGCACUCGGAAAAAUUGCUUUUGAUGGUCUGCUUUCAUUGAAUCAAAAACUCUCUUUUGGGGAAGGAGAUUUUAAUCAAGAUGUGCUUGAUCAGGCAUUAGCAGCCGGUAUUCUCACCAGCGAACGAGUCCUCAAAGGUCUUCAUACUUGUAAAAAUGUUUACUUUAUCCACAAGACAUUUCAGGAGUUUUGUGCUGGUAAAUACUACCAAAGUCUAGGCGCUGGAGAAGCUGCCCUGAAAUUUGAAACGUUUCUUCGUGGAGUCCCCUUUCCACCGAGUUUUGAGUACUUAUUGCGCUUUUGCUGUGGCGACAAUCACGGGCAAAAUGCUUCAUCAAUUUUACGUAUUUUAUCAGAUAAAGUUCGUUGUCGGGGAAGGCUGGAUAUCGACAAAACCUUAUGUUUGGCCCUUAACUGCUUCUUAGAGAGUCAGUGUGACGAACUUCCACCCGAACAAUUCAUUGAAUGUGUUUUAUCAAACGACUUAAGUCUUCAAAAUAUCAGCAGUGAUGUCUUGAAAUCAAUCGUGUAUUUUCUAGACUGUGUUACUGACCAAGCAAAGGGUGGAGGGAACACUUGCCUUCAUAGGGUACUUGACUUGGAUGUAUCAGGUUGUCACCUGAAGGAAUACGGUGAAACGUUUGCACGUUACGUCAAAGAAAUGCAACGUCUUUCCAUAAUCUCUUUCAGUCUAAGCACAGUUAGUGAGACACAGAUUCAAACAUGUCUUAAUAACAAAAUGCAGUUGACACAGUUAACAAUUGAGCGUAAAACUGAUGAACGUGAUUUCACGAUCAGUGUUACAGAUCGCCGUCAGUACAACUUUAGAAGGGAACGCAAGGUUAGACCGUCCCAUCUUGCUAAAUUGAAUUUGUCUGGCAACAGGACCCUCGGCUCUAGUAGUCCAUGGUCUCACUUGGCGAAAAUGCAGCACAUCCAGGCGGCAUGCUUUAUGGGCUGCAAUCUGACGAGGGAAGAAAUUCCACACAUUGCCGAUGCACUUAGUAGUAUGCAAAAACUUGCUGACUUGGAUCUGUCUAACAAUCCAACCCUCAGUGGCUCAGGUGGGGCAUGGUUACAGUUGGCAAAAAUUAAACAAGUCAAGAAAGUGGCGUUCAGGGACUGUGAUCUGAAAGGGGAUGACAUUGUCAACAUUUCUGACGCACUGAGUAAAAUGCCAGUUAUCAAAUUAGAUUUGGGCUAUAAUCCAACCCUAGGUGACUCGGGUGCUGCAUUAUCUCACUUAGGGAAAGUUGAACAUAUAGAAAAAAUAGACUUUGUGAAGUGCAACCUGAAAGGGGAUGACGUUCCUCAUAUUGCUGACGCACUGAGUAAUAUGCCCAAACUUGUUGAAUUGGGUCUGACGGGCAAUGACACCCUCGGUGGCUCAGGUAGUGCAUGGUCUCAUUUUGCGAAAAUUAAACCCAUCCAGAAAAUAGACUGGAGGAGCUGCAGAUUGACGGGGGAUGACAUUCCGCAUAUUGCCGACGCACUGAGUAAUAUGACAAAUCUUGUUGAGUUGAACCUGCUUUGGAACCCAACCCUUGGUGGCUCUGGUGGGGCAUGGUCUCACUUAGCAAAAAUCAAACAGAUUCAGAAAGUAAACUUGAUGAGCUGCAACUUGACCGGGGAUGACGUCCCCUAUAUUGCCGAGGCACUGGGUACUAUGCCGAAGCUUGUUGAAUUAGAUGUGUCAUCAAAUGUGGAGCUUGGAGGCUCAGGUGAGGCAUUGUCUACCAUGGCGAAACUAAAACAUAUCCAGAAAAUACGCUUGAGAGACUGCAACGUUACACGGGAUGACAUGAAGUAUAUUGCCAAUGCUAUGAGUAGAGAGUCAGCACUUGUACGAAUAGAUUUGUCACCGUGUUUGAUCUUUGGUGGCUCAGGUGAGGCAUGGUCUAGCUUGGUGAAAGACAAAGACACAGGGAGAUGCAUAAAAAUAAUUUUGCAGAACAGCACCUUGAUUGGGAAUGACCAUGAGCAUGUGACUGAAACAUUGAGUAGUACAAGCAACCAUGCUGAGUUGGAUCUGACCGGUAAUUACACCCUUGUUGGUUCAGUUGACUCAUAUUUUUUCUUGACAAAGUCGACAAAUCUUUAAAAGGUUUCCUUGAGAGGAAGCCUUCUGUCGGAUUACGACAGGUUACGAAUGGUUAAGAGUCAAAUGACCCACUGGCUGAAGUGGAGCAUUGAUUUUAGCAAUCGUGGCUUCAUAGUAUGUUACGUAAUCGUGAAUUUCGUUCAGUCAUAGGAUGCUUGAAGGUUAAAUAUGCCGCACCAGUUUCAUCGGUGUUAAACUAAACAAGAUCACUUUUGUUUGUGUGUU